AUGUUCAUUACUUUUGUGGCCACACUUAUAGAAUGCUGGUUCAGAACUUUCAAGCCUGAACAUGUCAUAUCUCAGACAACGACAGGAAACGCAAAAAUAGUUGUGCUUGAAAUUUAUUAUUUAUCGCAACAAUACAUCUUGUCGUUUCUUACUGCAAAACCUAUCUACACUACUCUCCUUACAACCGCAUGCUUUUUCUUACAGAUGCCGUUUCAAAUCCAUCUUCACUUCAAUUCAGACGUGGAAAACUUUAGGCUCCUAGUUAAAGUUUCAUCUAUCGCGAAUUUAUACACAUUCACGACAAAGCUCUUAAGUCCAGAGAAUCUUGUAUCAAAAUUUUCAUUCUUAAGAACAGAACAUUUGAAUCGACGAUCAACAAUGCAAAACAACAAAAUAAAUAUUUCUGACUCUUCAACUGAUGUUUCUCACUCAAAACAAAUAUCAAACACCGAAGUGCACUCACCAUGUCUAAACACUAACAGAAAAAAAUUCAAAUAUAUGCUAUUCGCCAGUGUACUUGUUGUCAUACUUAUAGUAAGUAUUACAAUUCCACUAGUUCUUCGUGCAAAGGAAACUAAAGAUGUAUCAACUUCGACAAAUGUGGAAACAUCAACGACAAUACCUCUUUCAACGGCAAUACCUCUUUCAACGGCAAUACCACCCUCAACAACAAUACCACCGUCGACGUCAACAGUUUAUUCAUCAGCGUUGACAUUAUCAAGUGCAUUAUAUGUCCGUGCUAGUUCUUCUUGGCCAAAUGCUAGAUUUCGUUAUCAAGCUAUUCGAGCUCAGGUAGAAACAACUAGCUACUAUAAAAUAUUUUCAAACAGUACUAUGGAUAUGCAUGGAUACAUUUAUAAUGGUCCUUUCUAUUCAUUAUUUCCAUACAAGAAUUUACUGUUAGAAGAUGCAGAUACUGCUGGUAAUGGACAAUUCAAAUUUGAUGUAUAUCUUGUUCGUCACAUGCAAUAUAUCAUCGUUGUAACAACAUAUGAAGCAGCUAUGACAGGAACAUAUUCACUGAUUGUAUAUGGGCCAUCAUCGGUUUCUCUUUCCUUAGAAUGGAUACAAGCUGAAAAUAUGUAUGACGCACGAUGUACUCAUACAGCAUCAAUGUUAGCAAAUGGAAAGACUUUAGUUACUGGAGGAUACGGUAGGGAUGCUUUUCUCAACAGUGCUGAAUUAUAUGAUCCAUCAACAGAUAACUGGAAAAAAACAGGAAAUAUGAAUUUUGCACGACAAUAUCAUACAGCAACAGUUUUAUCGAAUAGAACAGUUUUAGUUGCUGGGGGAUUCAAUGGCAGUGGUUCUCUCAACAGUGCUGAAUUGUAUUAUUCAUCGACAGGUAACUGGGGAAAAACAGGAAAUAUGAAUUUCGCGCGGAAACAUCAUACGGCAACAGUUUUAUCAGAUGGAAAGACUUUAGUUACUGGAGGAUACACUGGUAGUGGUUCUCUCAAUAGUGUUGAAUUAUAUGAUCCAUCAACAGGUAACUGGACACAAACAGGAAAUAUGAAUUUUGCACGACACUAUCAUACAGCAACAGUUUUAUCGAAUGGAAAAGUUAUAGUUACUGGGGGAUACAGUGAUGUUGCUUUUCUCAGCAAUGCUGAGUUGUAUGAUCCAUCAACAGGAAACUGGACACAAACAGGAGAUAUGAAUGUUGCACGAUCUGCUCAUACAGCAACAGUUUUAUCAAAUGGAAAGGUUUUAGUUAUUGGGGGAUACAAUGAUGAUGCUUUUCUCAGCAGUGCUGAGUUGUAUGAUCCAUCAACAGGAAACUGGACACAAACAGAAAAUAUGAAUGUUGCACGAAAACUUCACACAGCAACAGUUUUAUCAAAUGGAAAGGUUUUAGUUAUUGGGGGAUACAAUGAUGAUGCUUUACUCAACAGUGCUGAGUUGUAUGAUCCAUCAACAGAAAACUGGACAAAAACAGGAAAUAUGCAUAGUACACGACAUGAUCACACAGCAACAGUUUUACCAAAUGGAAAUAUUUUAGUUACAGGUGGAUGGAUAACUUCUGGUAUUGCCAGUUGUGAAAUAUACGAAUAA